AUGGAAGAUCCAUCAUUACAAAUCCAUUUUAAGGGACACAAAGACUCCAUCACAUGUGUCGACUUCAACCCAACUGGAAAGCAGCUAGCUUCUUGCUCUAUGGAUGCAUGUUUAAUGAUUUGGAACAUUAAGCCACAGACGCGAGCAUAUAAGUUUAAUGGCCACAAAGACGCUAUAUUCUGCGUUCGAUUCUCACCAACUGGUGAACUUAUACUAACUGCUUCUAGGGAUAAGACAGUAAAAUUAUGGAUUCCGAGCAUAAAAGGAGAGUCCAUCACCUUUCGCGCCCAUACUGCAGCAGUUCGGUGGGUUGAUGUGUCCGCUGAUGACUCAAGGAUGUGUACAGCUUCAUCAGACAAGUCGGUAAAAGUUUGGAGUUUACAUAGACAAAAGUUCUUGUUCUCUUUAAACCAACAUGUGAAUUGGGUGAGGUGCUGUCGUUUUUCACCUGACUCACGCCUUAUCAUAUCUUCAUCAGAUGAUAAAACUAUUAAGUUAUGGGACACUGAGACGCAAGGUUGUGUACACACCUUCCAAGAAGUUGGUGGCUUUGCUUCACAUCUGGACUUUCACCCGAAUGGAAACUGCUUUGCAUCGGGAAGUACGAAUUGCACAGUUAAGCUUUGGGACUUAAGGAUGAACCGUCUACUUCAACAUUAUGAUGAUCAUACCGGUCCAGUACAUAAAGUUGCUUGUCAUCCCAAUGGUCAUGUUCUGCUCUCUGCAUCUGAAGACUCAACACUGAAAAUAUUUGACCUCCUUGAGGGUCGUCCACUUUUUACACUUCAGGGACAUCAGGGACCUAUUACUGCAGCAGCAUUUUCUGCGUCUGGUGAUCAUUUUGCAUCUGGUGGGAGUGAUGAACAGGUGUUUUUAUGGCGGACGAAUGGGUGUGCUAGAAUGACUACUAAUAUUCCAGACAAUAGUUCACAUCCAAUUCACACAACUUCUAAUCCUGAUGGUUCCAUAUCUCGGAACAAAUCUAUUCAAAUUAAUAGUCAUCUAAUAUGUCCUAAAUCUGAUCCUCAAGUAACGUCAAGUGAAGUGCAUGAAAAAGCGGAAAAACCAUCAUUCGCUACUUCUGAAGCGGCUGUCGACUUUCAUGAAACUACUAACAGUGGAGCACAGAACCCGACUACUUCCGUUAAGUGUCAUUUUCCGCCUGAUUUCCGUACCCACUCUGGUGUUAUCUCAUCAAUGACUUUACCAUUAACGUCAAAUAUGAAUUUUCUACAAGCUAAUUCGAAAACAGCAAGUGGUCUAGAAAGUGAACGCCAAAAUGUCCCACCACCACUAUCUACAACACUUGAACAUAUUGUUUCACAACUAGAUAUUUUAACCCAGACCGUUUCACUUUUGGAACAACGUCUCACUCUUCUGGAGAAUAAAUGA